AUGAACCGCACACUCGCUUGCCUGCGGCUCAUCCAGGUUCCACAUCGACACUUAACCAGCGUUCCUUCGUUCGUACGUCCCAUCUGCCGGGAUGGGGUUAUCAGCGCCCUUUUAUCUUCCGGAGACGGUGGUGCUGAUGAGGGAGGAGACGACCUCGACUGGAUGAACGACCCAGAGAAAGUGGAGUAUAUCCGACAGCUUCUGGAGUUGCUGGAUGAGGCGAGGGUGAUUGUGGCUUGGUAUAAUGUGGUGUUUGUUGGGGUUAUGUUGGGGAUGGCGGGGUGGUUUUGUGAGGAGGGUGGUGAGGGGGAUGGGGUAUCAUUGGGGAUGGCUUCGUCGUCGUCGUCGUCGUCGUCGUCGUUGAGUGGUACAAUCGUGGGAACAGUGACGCCGACAGUAGAAACGAAAGAUAUCGACCUCGAACGAAGCCCGUUACUAGGCUGGAAGAGGACAACAUCAUCACCACCACCAUCAUCCUUCCCGACGAUACUAAUGAGACUGCGCAAUACAAUCCACGCCUGGCUCCUCCACCAACCACCCCCCCUCCCCCUCAUCCACCGCACCCUUCCCUCCAACGGCACCACCCUCACCGUCCUCCUCUGGCUCGCCCUCAACCUCACCCUGCACCUCUACCGCCUACCCCUGCACUGGGACUUCUUCUUCAUCUUCGCCGACCGCACCGGCUGCGUCUUCGUCGUCAAUUUACCUCUCCUCUACCUCCUCAGCGCCAAGAACCAACCCUUACGUCUACUGACAGGAUACUCCUACGAGGCGCUGAACAUCUUCCACCGACGGGUCGGGGAACUGCUCUGUGUGGAAGCGAUCGUGCACGCGGUGGGGAUGGUGCUAUGGCAGUUUGUGCUAGCGCGGGAAUGGCUGGUGGCGUCGCGCUCGGCGUAUGUGUAUUUCACGCACCCGAUUAUUCUGUGUGGGUUGGGCGCGUUGGUGGCGUAUGAGGUGGUGGGGUUCACGUCGCUGGCAUCGUUUCGGAGGAGGUGGUAUGAGGUGUUUUUGGCGGUGCAUGUGGUGCUGCAGGCUGGGGGGUUGGGGUUGUUGUGGUUUCAUUAUCCGACUAGUCGGGUGUAUGUGGCGGUGUCGGCGGGGGUGUGGGUGGUGGAUAGGGUGGUCUGGAGGUUGGGGUUGAAGAGGGUCGGGUUGGAGGCGGAGGUGGUGGUGCUGGAUCGGGAUACGUAUGUGGUGUCGGCGGAUUGGGAGGUUCCGUGGCCGGAGAAGUCGAGGUUGUCGUGGUGGCCGUUGAUUCUGUCCCGGCCGCGUCGGUCGAUCCUUCACGGUUGGGAACCGACCGACCAUGUCUUCUUGACCGUGCCGGCUCUUGGACGCUCCCACACGCUGCAAGCUCACCCAUUCACCAUUGCUUCGGCUGCACCGGGGCGUUGGCCAUACGAGAAGGAAGCAGAAGACGACGACGACGACGACAAACACCAACCGACAACCCCCGUCCAAACCCACCACGCCCACCUCACCCUCCUUAUCCGCGGCCAUUCCGGCUUCACCCGCGACCUCCUGAACCACGCCCGCACUCAUUACUCCCACCAACCUCUCCUCGGUCACCCUCACCCCCUCAAACUCCAAAUCAACCUCGACGGACCCUACGGCUCGCCUCACGCGCUCUCCAUGCUGCGCGCGUCCAGGCGUGCCGUGCUGGUUGCUGGUGGAAGCGGGAUCGCGGUGGUGUUUAGUUUGGCUUGGGCUUUGCUUCCCCCUCCUCCGGGGAUAAUCCGAGGAGAUGGAAAUGGGAGGAGAAAAAAGAGAAGAAGAAAAGUUCACCUCCUCUGGGUCACGCACUCCCGCGAGCACCGAGCCUGGAUCCCGCGUGCCCAGCUUGAGGAGCUCGUCGCGCGUGGGCUGGACCUGGUGAUGCCUGAGCCGACGGUGGAAGCUGGACGGCCGGAUGUGGAGGGAUUGGUUGGUGCGUGGAUUUCUGAUACUGAGGAUAGAGAAUCGGACGUCCGAGGGAGAAGAGAGGUCGGGGUGGUGGUGUCUGGGCCGGACGGGCUGAAUCGGAUGGUGAGGAAUGUGUGCGCGCGGGAGGUCGGGAAGGGGAGGAGGGUUAGGGUGGCGGUUGAAAAGUUUGGGUGGUAA